GUUCAACUACAACCACAACACCUUCCAUUACAACCUCAACAACUCCCACUACAACUACUUCUACAGUUUCAACUACAACCUCAACAACCCCCACUACAACAACAUCUACAGGUUCAAAUACAACCACAACACCUCUCAUUACAACCUCAGUUCAACUACAACCACAUUACCUCCUAUUAAAUCCACAGCAACUCAAAUUUCAACAUCUACCUUACUACUUGAACCUACAGGUUCAAGUACAACCUCAACAACCCCCACUACAACAACAUCAACAGGUUCAACUACAACCACAUCACCUUCCAUUAAAACCUCAACAACUCAGAUUUCAACAUCUACAUCUGUACUUGAACCUACAGGUUCAACAACAACCUCAACAACCUCCACUACAUCAACAUCUACAGUUUCAACUACAACCACAUCAACUCCCACUACAACAUCUACAGUUUCAACUACAACCACAUCACCUCCCAUUACAACCACAUCAACUCCCACUACAACAUAUACAGGUUCAACUACAACCACAUUACCUCCUAUUAAAUCCUCAGCAACUCAAAUUUCAAUAUCUACAGGUUUAACUACAACCACAUCAACUCCCAUUAAAACCUCAACAACUCAGAUUUCAACAUCUACAUCUGUACUUGAGCCUACAGGUUCAACUACAACCUCACCAACCCCCACUACUACAACAUCUACAGGUUCAACUACAACCACUUCACCUCCUUUAAAAACCUCAACAAAUCAAAUGUCAACAUCUACAUCUGCACUUGAACCUACAGGUUCAACUACAACCUCAACAACCCCCACUACUACAACAUCUACAGGUUCAAAUUUAACCACACCUCUCAUUACAACCUUAACAACUCCCACUACAGCAACAUCUAGAGGUUCUACUACAACCACAUUACCUCCUAUUAAAUCCUCAGCAACUCAAAUUUCAACAUCUACAUCUGUACUUGAACCUACGUGUUCAACUACAACCUCAACUACCCCCACUACAACAACAUUUACAGGUUCAACUACAACCACAUCACCUCCCAUUACAACCUCAACAACUCCCACUACAACAUCUACAGGUUUAACUACAACCAUAUCACCUCCCAUUAAAACCUCAACAACACAGAUUUCAACAUCUACAUCUGUACUUGAACCUACAGGUUCAACUACAACCUCAACAACCCCCACUACAUCAACAUCUACAGCUUCAACUACAACCACAUCACCUCCCAUUAAAACCUCAACAAAUCAAAUGUCUACAUCUACAUCUGUACUUGAACCUACAGGUUCAACUACAACCUCAACAACCCCCACUACUAUGACAUCUACAG